UUUGAUAAUAAAGGAAUCAUACUUUGAUCUAGAUAUUGAAACUUUCCUUAAUUUCCUUAUUAAAUUUAACAACUUUAGUAUUGUAACUUUAACUGAUUGCUUUCAACAAUGUCCAAGCAAGAAUUUAUUCAAUGGAUUUGUGAUAAACUUACUGCUUUAUUACAGUUUGAAGUACAAAAUGACAUGGCGGAAUACAUACUUUCCAUGCAGUCAGAACAAGACCUUGAUGAUUACUGUAAUUCGUUAUUAGAUAUUAAAUCUCAAGUUCAUAAACAGUUCUUAAUAGAUUUAAAAAAAAAACAUAGACUUUUCAACCAAAAACCAACAUCCAGUGUUCAGAAUACACGCCCUCAAAAUAUAAUAAACCCUGUUAAAGAAGAUCCACAAAAGACAAAUACAACUAAUAAUCAAAAGAAAAAGGAAUCCAAAUCAAAAAAUAAAAAAUAUGUCAACAUUUAUACAGAUGAAGGUCUUAAUCGACAAGAGGUGUUUUUAAAGGGUCGUCACAAGUGUAAUUGUCAAGCAUCUAGACAUGGUUUAGUAAAUAAUUGUUUGAAUUGUGGUCGAGUUGUUUGCAAACAAGAAGGAUCUGGUCCAUGUGUUAUAUGUGGUAAAUUGGUAUGUUCGAAUGAUGAGAAACUUUUGUUGAAUUGCAAUAAUAAUAAAUCUAAAGAGUUGUAUAACCAAUUAAUUGAACAAACUGUUACUUCAGCCAUUGACAAUAAAGCUCUUGAGCAUCGUAAUAAGUUAUUAGAGUUUGAUCGUACCAGUGCUAAGCGUACCACUGUGAUAGAUGACCAAAUGGAUUAUUAUUCAGUUAAUAGCGGUUGGUUAUCAUCUAAGCAAAGAGAACAAUUACAAAAGAAAGAAGAAAAACGCCAAGAAAAUAAACACGGAUCAAGAAAAACGAAAAAAAUCAUUAUUGAUUUUUCCGGUAGACAAGUCUAUGAAGAUAAUGAAUCUGAUGUUGAAGAUGAUAUUGAUGUAUUAUCUGAUAAUAAAGAGACACUUCCAAUUGUGAUCAAUGAACAUCUAAAUAAUCCUUUGAUUAAAUUGGAUAUAAAAUUUAGUGAUAAUGCUAUAAAAAAAAUUAAAAGACAUACUGUUGAUAUUAACAAGCCACUUGCACAAAAUAAUACAGGAUUCAGUAAGGUACAAGAUGCUGAGCUUAUGUUAAUGGCCGAUCCAGGUCUUUGUUUGAGCAUGCAUCAGCCAUAUGCAUCUCUCUUGUUGCUAAACAUUAAAAGCCAUGAAGGCCGUACGUGGUUUACACCACAUCGGGGAAGACUUUGGAUUGCAUCAACAGCCAAAAAACCCAGUCCAGAGGACAUAGAACGAGUCGAGACAUUUUAUAAACAUUUAAAAGGAGAUGUUGAAUUUCCAAAACGUUAUCCAACUGGAUGUUUGUUAGGCUGCGUGAAUUUAGUGGAUUGUUUAUCCCAAGAAGAAUACAUUUCAAAAUAUCCUCAAGGAGAAAACGAAAGUCCGUAUAUUUUUAUAUGUGAAGAUCCCAUCUUAUUGGUUAAUCAUUUUCCAAUUAAAGGACAACAUAAAAUUUUUAAAUUGGAUGAGAAAAUUUGUAAUGCUGCUCAAAAAUGUUUAAUGAAAGAAAUGAAUUGAAUGUGAUAUUUUUAAGAAUGUUAUUUAGUAGUUUAUUUUUCAUUAUUUAAAAUAUAAUAGAUAAUUAAAUUUAAA